AUGUCAAAGAAAACAUUCAAUACGAGCGACCUGUUGGGAUUGGACAACCUGGUGGCCAACACGUCCUACCUGAGGGCUCAGAAUUUGGAUCGCAGUGAGCUGAGGAAGCUAAGACUCACCCUGUCGCUGCCCAAACCAAAGAAAUCCUCUGAACUAGAGUUGGCGGUGGGGGGGAAGUACGUGUCACUGUGUGAGCAGCAGCCUAUUGGGAGGAAGUUGUUCCAGCAGUUUCUCCAGUCCUCUAACCUGCAGUAUGUGGCCGCUGCUGAGUUCCUGGAGGAGCUGAGUCACUGGAGCUUUGCUGAAGAUGAAACUAAAGAGGAGGCCAAACGGAGCAUCCUCGCUAAGUUCUGCCAACCUGAAUCCAAAAGUUUCCUCUCCUAUCUCACAGGAGAGGAAGCUCAAAGAUGCAAGGCGUUAUCAGACAAGAACUUUAAUGAGGAGACAAUAAACCAGAUAAAAGAAGCCACGAGGGACUUCCUGAGAGGGAAACCUUUCUCGGAGUAUCUGAAAAGCCCCUUUUUUUAUAAGUUCCUGCAGUGGAAGGAGUACGAGAAGCAGAAGAUCACUAGGAGAUACUUUUAUGAGUUUAGGACAUUGGGAAAAGGGGGCUUUGGCGAGGUGUGUGCAGUGCAGGUGAAACACACAGGCCAAAUGUAUGCCUGCAAGAAGCUGGAUAAGAGACGCUUGAAGAAGAAAGGUGGCGAGAGGUUAGCUCUUCUGGAGAAGCAGGUCCUGGAGAAGGUCGACAGCCUCUUUAUCGUAAACUUGGCCUACACUUUCGACACCAAGAUCCACCUGUGCCUAGUCAUGGACCUCAUGAACGGAGGAGACCUCAGGUUCCAUAUUUACGAGCUUGGGGAGCGGGGUAUCCGUAUGGAUCGUGUUGUUUACUACACGGCACAGAUAACCACUGGGAUACUCCACCUGCACUCCCUGGACAUUGUGUACCGUGAUAUGAAGCCUGAGAACGUGCUCCUGGACGCUAAAGGGCAGUGUCGGCUGUCAGACCUCGGGUUGGCUGUGGAGCUGCCAAAAGGCAAAACAAUCUGCCAGAUGGCUGGUACGACAGGUUAUAUGGCUCCUGAGAUUCUGAGGCAGGACAACUACAACUCAUCUGUGGACUGGUGGGCUCUGGGCUGCAGCAUCUAUGAGAUGGUGGCCGCUCGUUUGCCUUUCAAAGACUUCAGAGAGAAAGUGCAGAACGAGGAGGUGACUCGCCGCACUCUGGAGGAGGAGUGCAAGUUUGAACACAAACGCUUUGAUGCUCCCACCAAAGAUAUCAUCAGCCGUUUUCUCAGGAAGAAGGCACAGCAUCGCCUUGGGAGCCGGGGUGAUGAUCCACGAAAAAACCCAUUUUUCAAAAGCGUCAAUUUCCUUCGUCUGGAGGCCGGACUAGUGGAGCCCCCCUGGGUGCCAAAAUCCAACGUGGUCUACGCCAUGAACAUGAACACAUUCAGGGACAGCACUGAGGUGGAAAACAUUAAGUUCAAUGACAAGGAUGAGAAAUUCUUCAAGGAGUUCAGCACAGGUGCCGUCUCCGUGAAGUGGCAGAAGGAGAUGAUUGACAGUGGACUCUUUGACGAACUGAACGACCCCCAACAGAACGGCCACGGCUGUGAGACUGUGGAGACAUCCAGGGCGUGCAUCAUUUUGUAAGCGUUCUCAUUUAUAUGUACAA